AUGGAUCAUGAUAAGAUACGGAAAGCACAUUGGGAUGCUGUGUCCACCACAGUUUUUUGUGAAAUCUGCGCCGAUCAAAAAGAAAAAGGAAAUAGACCUACAGCUUUUCUUAGUCCGGAGGGGUACAAGAUUCUAGGUAUCGAAUUUGCUCGUAGGACAGGGAAAACCUAUUCGAGGCCGCAGUUCAAAAAUAAAUGGGAUUCAACCAAAUCAUUGUACCAAGCAUGGGUGUAUUAUAGAACGAAAGCAACUGGACUUGGUUGGGAUCCGGUGAAACAAACAAUCACAGCGUCAAAGGAACAGUGGGAUGAACUGAUCAAGGCUAACAAGCUUAUUGCGGGUUUCAAGAGAGGUCCUCCGGACAACCUGGAGAUGAUGGAUCAGAUGUUUGAGGAUGCCCAUGUUGAUGAUCGGGCUGUCUCAUCUUCAACCCAAAUUGUUCAAGACAUUGAAGACAUCAUGAAAGAAGUUGUGGAUUGUGGAGCCCUUGAGGGUAGUGUUGAGCAUUACAUGGCAACUAAAUUGUUUAGCAAACUUGAAAACCGAGCUUUCUUCCAUACCAUGAAGACAGCGGAGGGUCGGCUUCGUUGGUUGAAGAUGCAAUAUGAGGAUAGGAAGAGAAAUUAG